UCAGCUUUCGUGUUAAUAAAUUAGUGCCCAGUCUACUCGUUUAGUUGUAGAUAUAUAAAUUACGUGCACGGGUAAUUUGUGUAUAAUCGUUUUUGAAUGAAUAACAAUGCUUGAGCAAAUGAAGAUGCCAGUUCUGGAUGAGUUCAAAGAGCAUUGCGUUUCCACCAAUAUGAGCAGUUUCCAUACAAAGGUUGCAGAGUCAUACAGAACUCAACCAUUCUUACCUGGAAACUACAGUUCUGCUAUAAAAGAGUUGCCACCGCUAGACGACAACAACAACAACAAUAACAACAAUAUCGCAAAAUAUUCACCAAGAUCGCAGGAGCAUAUAAAUUUCAAUGAUACAAGAAUACCUCCAAAUACAGCGACGCAAAAACCAUUUUCAACGCAUGAUGUUUUUAGCUCGACGUUCGCGACGCCGUCAUUUGGAAAAGAUGGCAUGUCGUUACCUAACACUUAUAGUAAUAACACACAAAAUUUCACGUCAAUGAACGCUGCUUUAUCGUCUCCGACGAGCAUAAACAAUAACAUAACGAAAAGUUUGUCGUCGACUAGUUCUCUGGAAAAACAAACGAGCGACGAAGAAGACGAUGAUGACGAAUCAUCGCAAAUGAAAGGAAAGGGAGGCAAAUUACCCAGAAAGCCUCGUACCAUCUUCACCAGUCAACAACUUCGAGAACUGAAUCGUUCUUUCGAAAGGACACAUUAUUUAUCACUACCAGAACGAGCUGAACUUGCGCAUGCGCUGAACUUAACGCAAACCCAAAUCAAAAUUUGGUUUCAAAACAAAAGAUCGAAAUUCAAGAAAAUCAUUAAAGCCAAUGGUGGUCAAAUGCCACCACCAUCCAGUUUAAUGUCACCUGGCAACCCAGCCAUUUGGCCGGAAUACGCUAAAGGUGGUUAUGGUGGUGCACCAAUGGCUCCACAUAUUAGUCCAUUUUCUCCUGUUACGACACAUAGUUCUGGUACAAUGCCACCAGAUCCUUGGUAUUAUAGAAUGGCUUCUGGAUGCUAUGGCUCUCACGAGAGCAUGUUCCAAUACCCAGGAGGCCCCCCAGACAUGAGAACUGGUACAACAAGACCGAACUUCUCUUUUCAUAUGUAAAUUCUACUAAAUUAAUACCCAGUCUUUUUAUAUAUUCACAUUCAACGUGAGAGAUAUAAAGUACUGGAAAUUAAAGCGUGAUAUUUUAGGUUUUAACUACUCUUGAAGAAUCUAGUGUUUUUUAUUUUUAGUGUUAUGAAUGAAAAAUUUGUAUAUAUGUAUAUAUUUUAACAAUUAAUUUUUACAAA